UUUCUGUCAAUAAUAUUUUUCAUAUAAAUCGACAUCUACCUUACUAAAAUAGUGUUUAGCAAUUAGAAAAGUGGAAAUAAUAGUGUUAUUGAUGAAGUGCCGCUGAAAGUUUAAUUAUAAAUUCAAGAAAAAUCGAUAUAUAAAAAAAAUUGAGGACAAAUCUUUUUCACUUUUUUUUUCUGAAACAGAAAAUUUAUGAAAAUUUUCACAAAAAUUAUCGAAAUGAGACACUUUAUAAGAAGCUAAUGCAUAAGAUUUCAUUGAUUGUAGAAAGUUUUUGAGGUUUAAGCUCAAAAAGUAGGAUUUUGAUAGAUUUUAGUAAAAGUGUAAUGAACAACGAUCAGCCACCAAAUAAUCAAGUCAACAACCAAGACGGUGGCGUUUGGAAUAACGAACAAGAGAAUGAUCGAUUGAGCUUUGAGGACUCUGAUAGAUUUUCAGAAGGCUCCUUAUGCUCCUGGAGCUCAGAGCAGGAAUCUCUGUGCAACAAUUGGCGUGGCUGGAAGAAGCCCAAUCUUAAUAUUACAAAUUCGUUUGGUAUAAGCUUACCAAGACGAAAUCCCGAUGAUGUUAUAUCACUCACGGAGCUAGCAGCGCGCUGUGUCGCAUCGUAUAUCCCAUUUGAAUUAGUUGAACAUGUCUUUCCUCCCGUUCCAGAACAGCUACAAUUGAGAAUAGCAUUUUGGAGUUUUCCGGAUAAUGAGGAAGACAUUAGAUUGUAUAGUUGCUUAGCAAAUAGUUCAGCCGAUGAGUUUCAUCGUGGUGAACAAUUAUUUAAGAAUAAAUGUGUAAAAGACCCCCUGCAAAUUGGAUUUCAUUUAUCGGCUACGGUAAUCUUACAGCAGCCAAAAAAUCAGUAUAAUGUUGCAGUCACAUUCGAUAGACGACGGAUCUCGUCAUGUAAUUGCACAUGCACAUCGUCAGCAUAUUGGUGCUCUCAUGUUGUGGCUGUUUGUUUAUUCAGAAUUCAUUGCCCAACAAAAGUAAGUUUAAGAGCACCAGUGUCAGAGUCGUUGACUCGAUUGCAACGCGAUCAAUUACAAAAAUUUGCACAGUACUUGAUAAGUGAAUUACCACAACAGAUACUCCCGACAGCACAGCGUUUACUCGAUGAAUUACUUAGUGCUCAACCGACAACUAUUAAUACAGUAUGUGGAGCUCCAGAUCCAACAGCUGGAGCGUCAAUUAACGACCAAACAAAUUGGUAUUUGGAUGAAAAGACCCUCCACGAUAAUAUUGCCAAAAUUCUCAUAAAAUUCUGCAUGCCAACACCUAUGGUAUUUAGUGAUGUAAAUUAUUUAACAAAUUCAGCACCGCCAGCUGCAGCUGAAUGGAGCUCAUUAUUGCGACCAUUAAGAGGGCGAGAGCCUGAAGGCAUGUGGAAUUUAUUAUCAAUUGUACGUGAAAUGUAUAGACGAUGUGAUCGUAAUGCAAUACGGUUGCUAGAAAUUAUCACGGAUGAGUGUAUGGCAGUCGAUCAAAUCUUGGUAUGGUGGUUCAAUAUUAAACUCACACUGUUGAUUGGCUAUGGAAGUCAUAGCGGUGGCAAACAUAAUAAUGCUCAUAAUAAUUCUAACUCUAUGCAACAUGCUUGUGCAUCAUUAUGUGAUGAGAUUGUUGUUUUGUGGAGAUUAGCAGCACUCAAUCCAGGACUUGCACCCGAUGAAAGAGAUUUAUUGCACGCUCAAUUUACAACAUGGCACUUAAAAAUUCUCGAUAGAGUCACAAAAUGUACCGUCGCAUCGUCUUCACAUAAUAGUCGACAACAACAAAAUAUGAGAAAUGACACAGAGUUAUUUACAGGAUUUAAGCCUGCAAUUGAAGCAUGCUAUUUGGAUUGGGAGGACUAUCCAAUUCCUGGAGUUACUCAUACACAAGAUACAAAUCCAAUGUAUCACUGUCCAUUUGCAUGCUUCAAAUCGGAAUCGAAAAAUGAUGGAGUGUCAAAUGGCAUAACAGUACAUUCGAGUCAGGCGAUUUUACAGAAUAAUGUAAAGCAGUUCCACUCACAAGCACAUCAUCAUCAUCACCAUCAUCCACAUCUUAUACACAUGACAAGUCAACCUGGUCCAUCAACAUCAGGUCAAAAGAAUAAUCGUCAUCGAAGUUAUGCGUCAAGCAGUCAAAAUAGUCAAAGUAGUAGUGACAGUGUCAACAAUAUUGACCUAAAUCCAGUCAAUUUAUCUGCGAAUGACUCAAAGCGAAAUGAAGAUUUUGGUGGAAAUCGAUCAAGUGUGUCGAGUGAAGGUUUUUGUGAGAACGAGGAUGAAAUUGAUGAUCCACAAAAUUCAUCAAAAUUAUCAACAUCACGUAAGUCGCAGAAUGCAGACGAGUCAUUGGACAAUAGCUCGAUGUUAUGCGAUGACUCAAUGACAUUACAAAAUGAUGCUACAAUUAAUGAAUAUGAUAAGAAUGAGAAGGUAAAUGUAAAUAAUGGAAAUGACUUAACUUCACCAUCCUCAUCAAAUUCAUUGUCAUCAACAUCUUCGUUGUCCAUUGUAUCACAAAAACAACAACAAAAGCAACAACAACAACAACAACAACAACAACAACAACAUAUGAUGAGUAAGGUAAAUAAUAACGGUAAUAAUGAGUAUCAAGAACCAACGCCGUCAACAUCAUCAACAAAUUACGAGAAUGUCAGUCUUCGGCGAGAGAACUCAAGACGAUCAUCAAAAGAUGACUCGACAAGUUCAGAUAGUCAAAUAAAUGAAGACUAUGCAUCGAUGUCAAAUACUGAACAAAGCAGCAAUAGUAAUAAUCAUGUCAAUGUCACUAACAAUGUACACAAUAACAUCCAUAAAGAGAUUGAAUAUCACAAUGAAAUUCGAGAACAGAGUCAUAAUGAAGGAGCAGCAAUGGUAUCGAAUGCUGAAUAUUUUCAGAAACAAAUUCAAAAUGUCUUUGCUGCACAGUCACAAACACAGAUACAGUCACAGCCGCCCACACAAGAGACGAAAAUGCAAAUGUUUUCAAAUCUUAAACCCACGGAAGAUGCUUGGGAUAUAUUGUUUGCACGAGCUGAAGGACUUCAUGCUCAUGGACAUGGAAGGGAAGCAUGCAUCCUUGCUGUUCGUUUGGCUGAGCAGAUGCUUGCACAUCCUCCAAAUUUGAUGAUUGAAAUUCCACCACCACCAAAAAGGAAAGGCAAGAAGCACAUUAAUCCAAUAUCACAUCAAGUAAGUGUAUUGGCAUCAGCUACGCUCUCUAAAUGCGCUUUCCUUUGUACCGUUCUUGCUGAGAAUUCAGAACAUUAUCAUAUUGCAUUCCGCGUAUGUUUAUUUGGUCUAGAAAUGCCACGUCCACCAGCAAGUACAAAACCAUUGGAAGUGAAAUUAGCAAAUCAAGAAUCAGAUUUAUUGGCAUUGCUUAAGAAGAUUCCAUUGAAUGCAAUGGAGCUUAAGAUUAUACGUGAUAGAGCUGAGGCUUUAAGAGAUGGUACAUUAAAGUCUCGGGGUGAAGCUCUUCUACCGAUUAUGUUAGCCAGCUUUAUUUUUGAAGCUCUCGUUAUGCCAAGUGUUACAGGCAAGGAGAAUCGAAUGAAGGCAUUAUGUGCUUCAUAUCGUUAUCCAACGGAUGAGAAUUUAGGAUUUGAAGCAGCUGUUGCUGCAUUAGGAUUAAAAGCAAAUGUUUCCGAGGCAGAACAUCCAUUAUUGUGCGAAGGAACAAGAAGACAACGCGGUGAUUUAGCACUCACACUCCUCUCAUAUUAUCGUGAUGAACCGCGAAAAAUUUGCCGUAUCAUGGAGAAAUUAUUGGAUCGUGAGAUACAUUCAUUGAUAAAGACACAACUGCUACCGUCGUACUACUCAAAUAAUCCACCAACGAGAAGUCAAUCUUCACAAAUGCGACUUGAUGCUGAGGUUGAACAGCAAUAUGCUGGAAAUGAGUUAUUGAACGAGUUUAAUGGAAAUUCACGUCCACAAAGUAGCACAAGUGCUGAAUUAGAAAAUGGAAUGUCAGCUAUGAGUCUUAAUCCGAUUCCCGGAACCUCAGCUAUUCAACCAGCAGCGAGUAGCACACCUCCACAAAUGAUAUCAGGUAAUAUCACUGGAACGAUAUCGAGGACGAAAGAUUUACGUUACAAAGGAAAACGAGCAUAUCCGUCGAUUCCAAAUCAACCAUCUGAAGCGAGUGCACAUUUCAUGUUUGAACUUGCAAAGAAUGUACUUACAAAAGGUGGUGGAACAAGUUCAACGUCACUCUUUACACAAGCAAACGCCACAAAUAAUUCUCAUGAUCCACAUCGUGCACUCCACAUGUGUGCUUUUCAAAUUGGCUUAUAUGCUUUGGGUCUUCAUAAUUGUGUGAGUCCAAAUUGGUUAUCGAGAACAUACUCAUCUCAUGUCUCUUGGAUAAUGGGUCAAGCAAUGGAAAUUGGAGCACCAGCUAUAUCAUUCUUAAUUGAUACAUGGGAAAGUCAUUUAACACCACCCGAAGCAGCUGCAAUGGCUGAUAGAGCAUCAUCAAGAGGUUGGGACGGUAAUAUGGUAUAUCCUGCAGCUGAACUUGCACUGUCUGUGUUACCACAUGCUGCAGCAUUAAAUCCAAAUGAAAUUCAACGCGCAAUUUUACAAUGUAAAGAACAGAGUGACCAAAUGCUUGAGCGUGCAUGUAUAACUGUCGAAAAAGCUGCAAAAGGAGGUGGUGUAUAUCCGGAAGUUCUAUUUCAAGUUGCAAAAUACUGGUAUGAACUAUAUUUGCGAAAUACACCCGGCGGUGAAUUGGAACCAGAAGAACAGCAUGAUUACUUUAAUGUUAAUUUAAUGUCAUUGGUCGAAAGUUCAAAUGAAUUGCAACAACAACAGCCAGCAGCUCCUCCUCCUGGACCACAACCAAAUCCCCAACAACCUUAUCCACCACCACAAAUCCCGCUUCCUCAAAUGGGAAUGCCAACCUAUCCUUAUGCUCCCUAUCCAUGUCAACAAUUGUAUCAAAAUAUACCCUAUCAUGCUCCAAAUCAGAUGCAAAUGUACAUAUCACCACCACAAUUCUCGUAUCCACCACCCCAGCCACAUGCAAAUAAUCCAAGUGCACCCUAUGGUCAACCACAAAUCCCACCUCAAUUUCAAAUGGCACAUCAACAGCCUUCACAAAGCUAUCAACCGAUGCCAAAUCCUCCUCAACAAUUCCCACAAAUGCCAGUUCAAGUAAAUGUUCCGCCUGGUGCGAAUCCAACAGCUGGUCCUGCUCCCAUGCAAUAUUUUGGUAAUCCACCACCACCAGUCGCAAUGCAACAGCCUGGUGCACCGAAUAUGGUAAGACCACCUCAAAUGGUUGUAUAUCCACCAUCUGCAGCAAGUGGCUCAUCAAUUAAUGUCCGGCAUCGUCAUCAAUUCAGUCCAACGCAAUUGCGAUAUUUAUUGCAAGCAUAUAAUGUUGGAAUGUUGGCAUUAGAAACAUUGGCGAGACGUGUUCAUGACGAUCGCCCACAACAAAAAUACGCGAGAAAUCCACCGUACGGCGAAGAUGUUAAAUGGCUAUUAAGAAUUUCAAAGCGACUCGGUACACAAUAUUUGCAUCAAUUUUGUGUAUGUGCUGUUAACUCAAUUGUCAGUCCAUUCAUAUUGCAUGAGGUUGCUAUCGAGUCAGCACAUUACUUGGCGAGAAGUAACUCUAAUAAUUCUGCAUUGGUUAUGCAACAUUUGCGAUCAACGCUAUUGCCACUCGUGCAGAAGUGCCAGCAAAUGUACAUUCAAUGCAUACACACAAAACUGUAUCACUUAACGGUUGCUGAUUAUGAAGAGUUUACAAAUACAAUUUUGUCAGCACGUGCUGCAUUCCAAAUCACACCGGAAGGACACAAUCAAUUUAAAGAUUGGAUUCAGUCGAUUAGAAGGUCAAAAUCAUGCAAGAAAGAGCUUUGGACUCAGAUAAAUGCUGCAAUGCAAAAUCAAACGAAAUGACAGCGGUUCGAUACAAUUAGUGGAAAUUCAGACAAACCAACUCAACAAAAUGGACAGCCAUCACAUUAUUAUUCAUCAGCGGCUACUUCAUCAGCUAUUUUUCCCACUUUACAGCCACCAAGCAUGCAAAUUGUCGUCGACUACUCAAAUAUGUCGGCCUGCAUACCAACUACAAAAUUUAAUCAAGAAGAGAAAUGAAUGUUUUUUUGAGCGUAUCCUUUUUCGACACGUAAGGCACUGACUUGCAUAAAGUAAUGAAAACAAAAAAAAAAUAAUAAUGAAUGAUGAAAACCAGAAAAAUUGUAAGUUUCAUUGUAUGAAAUAUAAUUUCUCGUGACUGUCAUGAUAGAUUCUAUUGACGGUUUAGACUGGAAAAAGCACAUAAAUUUUAAUUCAACCUUAUUUUUUUGGUGUAAAAUAUUUUAAUUUACAUGAAAAACAAAAAAAAAUUAUCUCAAUUCCAUUCUUAAUUUUACAAUUAAAAGGAAGUGAUUUUUCAUUUUUUUUUAAAAGGAGCGAGAUUUUCGAUGAAAAUUGAUGGAACUGAAUAAUUCUUCUUUAGAUUACUUUGAAGACUUUAACUUCUGGGAAGAACCUACGCUCAAAAAGAAUGAUUGUUCUUGUACGUCAAUUUUCAUGAAAAAUUUGUUCAAUUUUUGAUCGGCAAAAAAAUUUAAUUUUAAAAAUAUGAUUAAAUAUUCUCUACAUACAAAAUAGACAUAGAAUAUUUUCUAUCAUAUCGUUGUGUCGGUGUCAGGAGAAUUAAUUGAGCUUUUUAGAUUCUUGAAGAUUUUGCUCGGUUCUGUGACUUUCUUUAAGGGUUUUUUGAUUAUUCUCAAAAGAUCUUGACUAUGAUUUUAAAAGGAUGACAUGUGGCACAUCAAGAGUAUCAUAGAUUAAUGAGGUUAGAUACAAACACUCUGUUUGUGUGAUUUGUAUAGCCACGUCCAUCGACAGUGUUGGCAAACUAGAAUUUAAUUUGUAGAGUAAUCAUUUGAGGAUGUUUUAUAAAAAUGGUUUUUAAUUGAUAAUUUUAAGAUUAAAUGAUCUGAUUCAGGACUUCCUGCAUAUCCUGCAUUUCCUCAAAUCUAAUCAUUUGCUCAUUAAAUGAAGAAGCACGAUCUUUUAUAAUGACAAAAUCAUCUAAGGUUCGAAUUCGUAUUACAUCAAUCUUUGUAAUUGUUGAGAGAUCAAUUUUCUGGUAGGAAUCGAACUCACGUAGUUAUGAAAUCAAGAUUACAAAUUUUUGGUAUUUAACCCAACCACUCUUCUAUAAAGAAUUAAUCUCUUGCAAUGACAGACUCAGCUUCAUAUGGUUUGACUCCCCAGACUGCACAACAAAACUACAAAAGUAAUGAAAAUUCAAGAAUCUAAAAUACUCAUCUGUGAUUCCAUUCCUGACUUCUUCAACAUCCUACUGAAUUAAAUUUCCCCCAAAACUCUCAAACUUUGUUUUUGAGAACUCAAACAUCCAAGAAGCUUUCAUACAAUUUCUAGUAAAAAUUUACCCAUUUUUGUUCUUUAAAAUCAAACUUUAGUUCAAUUUUUUUUUAUUUCUUAAUUAUAAAAAUGUAUUUAUCAUAUAAAUUAGAUUAUUAUAGUAAGGAUUUUUCUUCUAAUUCUAAUUUUAAUGAAAAGUGGAAUGAAAAAAAAAACAAAAAAAUUUAACAAAAAAGAAGUAAUUUCCAUUCAUUUUAGUGUCGUAAUUUUACAAGAUGAGAAAAUGAAAAAAAAAAAAUGCAAAAAAUGAUGAGAGUGGUAGUUAAAAUAUUAAAAAAAGCAGAAAAAGAUGAAUUAUAUUAGAUGUAGAGUGUACUUGUAAGCUAUUAGAAUUUAAAUAACAAAGUUUUCUCGUUUUUACUUCAAACUGGAAAGAAAGACAAAGAGUCCUAUUUUCAAUCUUAAUAACAGUAACAAAAGAUCCAGCACGUCCCAAAAUAUCUCUUUUGUUCAUUUUUACUUGUAUUUAUUAUUAUACAUGACACAGCACGGCAUUAACGCCUACAAUUAAUAAAGCAAUUUUUUCAAUUUCAAUCUUUGAAAAGAUCAUAAUAGCAUAAUAAUAAUGAAAAACUAUGAAAAAUUUAUAAAAAAAAAUCUAGACAAGAAGCAAUUCAACUCAAGAAGAAAAAAAAAACCAGAAAAAAGUUUCUUACACUGAACCGCCGUUAGUUUUGUUUCUUUAGUUCUGCUCUUUAGCAUUUCUAUAAAUCAACAACACAUGAUGUAAAUAAGUAAAUGAAGAACUUUCUUCUUUAAUAAUAAAAUCUCACACAUAUGCAGACAGACGUAAAUAUUGACAUGGAUGGUUGAUAUCUGAUGUUUUGUGGUUAAUGGAUUGAUGGCAAAAGUUGAGUUGAUUUUGUAGAAAUUCUGAAAAUUAUUGCCUCUGAAAUAUUAAAUUGUUGAUUCUAAAUUAGAUUUUAUAUGAAUGCAUAGCUAGAAUGCAACUUAUAACUAGGUUGGCUAAAUGCUUAAGUUUUUAAAAUACAAUCACGAACUUACAUCAAAUUAGGUUCAUUUGAUUUAUUCGGAGAUUUUUAUUGUUUUUGGAAAAAUCUGGUUCUUCAUAGCCAUUGAUGUUUUUUUAACCUAAUCUAGGUUUUCAGUUUCUGGCAGAGCUCUAAGUCGACUCCGCAAUACAAAAUCGAUAAAAACCUCUAGUCAACUUUGAGGUCUUUUCUGGUGAUGGGCAUCUCACUUUACUAAUGAUAUUAGUGUCUGUAAAACAAUUUUACUGUCGAUUCAAAUUGAUGUCUUCAUACAAAACCCUAGUCAUUUUGAUCAGUUCCGCACCAUUGGUUGACGUGCCAAUAAAGCUAAGGAUAUUGUCAAUGUUAUUGAAAUGAAUCAUUUAAUUCUUUUUAUUUUUGAAUGAAACUUGCACAUACGUGUUCAAAACGUGCACAGUUGAGCAGUAGAUAUUGAUUUCAUUGAUGAUUGAAACUGGAAAUCCCGAUAAAGUAUAACUUAUGUUAAAACCAACAAAAUUAAAUAACAAAGUUAAGAACGUCAUUAAUUCUGACUCCAGAAAUUACUAAUGAAUAAAAUUUCGCAAUGUUUCUCUGAAUCUUAUCAAAUAACAUUAAGCCAUUAAGACCAUACCACAAACCUUACAUCCAGAUCAACAUUAUAAACACAACACACAGACUAAGACAACAGAAGAUAAAAAACUGAAACGAAAUGAAAAAGAAAACACCCACGAAGGUCUUCAAACUCCCUUUAUUUCUUCUUGUGCUUAACUAUAGUGACUAAAAACUCUCUUAUUGUUCAUAAUAAAUUGUUUUUUUUUUUUUUAAGAGAAGAGAGAUAACUAAUGGUUGUUCACAUCUAUUAAUAAGAUAGAUUACAUAUAAUCUAAUGUUGCACAAUGAAUAAUCUUCGUGAUUAUUAAUUCUCAUAUUUUUUUUGAAAAAUAAACUUUUUAUUACUUUUUUGUUUACAACGAAAACAAGCAACACAUUUUGAGAAAAAUUGGACAUUUCCGGUGUGCAAAUAAAAACUUUUUUUAUUCCCUACUCAAACCCGACCAUUUUUGUGUUUUCCUCGACAGUUUUUUGAAUAUGUAAAAGAAAUGAAACUUAUACACAUGAUGUACAUACUAAUGACUCUUUCUCUUUUUUGAAUCUGCUAUAAUAAUUAUUUAUUGACAUAAAAAGUGAAUUAAACGUAAAUUGAAUAUUAAAAAAAAAUUAUUCAAAAUCACUAUAUUUAUACAACACAGACACACAUACAUACAUACAAUUCUAUUUUAUAAAAGAUGGUAUGAACUUAAAAAUUAUAUUUACAUUCAAGAAAAAAAAAAUUAUAAAUGAUAAAAAAAAACAUUUUAGUGUAUAAUGAGAUAUAAAAAGAAAAGGAUGAAAAAAAGAGAAUCUUUUUGGAUAAAUUUUUUUUUCUAGGAUAGGAUUUUUUUGUCUCUAACCUCCUGGCAGAGUUUACAUUUCCACAGUGCUUUUAAAAAGUUUGCAUAGCUAUUGCUCUGAUGUUGUUUAAAGAAUUAAUGAGAAAAAUGUUCACAUUAAGAAUGUAAUAGACUAUUAUUAAUUAUUGUCGAACUUAAGUCGAUGAGAAUAAAUUUGGGAAGAAUUUUGGAUUUGCUUGUGGCAGAAGAUCUAUGAGAUACCGACUUACUCGAUAUCCAUAAAGUCUUUUUUAAGAACUUAAUGCUUAAGUUGUCGCAGAAUUGCAGAUUGACAAUUUGCAACAUAAAUGCUGUCCAUCCCAAUAAAACAAAAGCAUAUUUAUCAACUUGAAUGUCCUCAAUUUUUAAAAAUUAAAGCAAAGCUAUUCAAAAUUCUUCCGCGAAUACAUGCUGAGUAAUUGAAUAUUUGUUACAUCCUGCCACAAUUUAUUAUCAGACAAUAAGAUUGAAUACCAUCCAAGAAUUCUGAUCAAUCUUUUUGCUUGUUGACAACAAUUUGGAAAGGCUGUAAUGAAACUUUAGUUACUUGAGUUUUGAAAUGUUUGUGAUGAAAGAUUGAAGAUUAAUCUCGAUAAAUGACAUAAAAUUUCAAUUCAUAUUAAAAAGCCAUGAUCUCUUGAAAACAAUAUUAGCAAGGUUUGAAAUGUAGAAAUAUCAUUUUGAGCUAUGAUCUCUUCUUGGUUUAAAUAUGAACAUUUUUUUUGAAAAUAUCUAAUUGAAAUUUUAUUCAUUUAUUAGAUUUUAUGAAGAUUUUGUGAUCUUUUGAAACUUAAAUUAUCAAUUUGGAAUAUUACAUGGUUCAUAGACUAGGUUCUUUAUUUUAAAAACCAAAAAAACUAGGUUUUUAUGUCAUGGUGCAAAAAUUAAGCUACAAGAAUGAUUGAUCAAUUCUAUGAACCUUAAAUCAAGGAAUCUAAGUUUUUGAAAGUAAAAGAACAUUGUUUUGAGUCUCUACUGGAGAUUUAAACUUUUAAGAGCUUGUAAACAUCAUUUAAUUUUUUUUCAUUUGUAAAGAAUAAACAUACCGAAUAACUUUACAAAUCAGAAAAACAUUCAAUAAUGAAGCACUUCAAAUUCAAGCACAUUCUCAAGUUGAACAAGCUUCAAUUACAGCCACUUGAGAACAAUUUUUCUCAAUUUUCAUCACAAAACCUCAAAACUAAAGCUUCUCAAGACAAACUAAGCAACAUUUUAUGUUCAAAUGCAAGAAACAUAUUUUCAGUUUUCAAAGUUUUUUCUUCUUUAUGUUUUGCUCCCCUGUAGACUUUUUAUCCAAUAUUAUACAUUAUUAUAUUAUUGGAAUAUAAAUAUAUAUUAAAUAUAUUAUACAUAUAAAUAAAUAUAAAGUAAAGUAAUGAAAAUUAUUACAGAGAAAAAAAAAGAAAAAAAAAUAUUUUGAGGAAAAAACAUUAAAAAAAUUUAAGAGUAAGAGAGAAAAAUUUUAAAAAUAAGAAAAGAAGAAAAUAUUUCACAUACACACAUAAUAAUAUACUUACGACCUGAGUGACAUGGGGUGAGAUGGGUGGGUUGUGGUUGUGACAAUGGUUUUUUGAAACUUUUAAACUUUUUGAUAUUUUUGUUUUUAAAACUUCAGUUUUGAACAAUUGGAUUUUUCCAAAGUUUUUAAACUUUUUUGAAUUUUAUUGGUUUUAAAUGUUUUUAUUCUUGGACUUUUAAGAUUUACGAAUUUUAAUUUUUUUUAAAUUUCAAACUUAAGAUUUUUUUAAUUUCUUUAAAAUUCAUAUUUCUUAAUUUUUGUAAAUUUCAAAUUUCAAUUUUUAUGUAAAUUUCAAAUUUCAAAUUUUAUGUAAAUUUCAACUUUUAUUUAAAUUUCAAAUUUUGAAUUUGAAAUUUAUAAUUUUGUAAAAUUCUAAUGUAAGUUUCAAGAUAAAUUUAACGUAAAUUUUUAAAAUUUUAUUUCAACUUGAGAAUCCUGACAGCCACAGAUCACCCAAAAUUACCCCAAUUCCACAAAGGUUGCUGCUUUUUUCAACAAAUUUGUUUAAAUUUUAAAAGCAGAAACUGUUUUACAAGGAGAUUAUUACAAAUUACAAAGUUCUUUUUUAUUAUUUCAUACACACACAAAAGAAAAACAAAAACAAAAAAAUCCACACAUACAUACAAACAUAUAUUUACAUACCUCCGUUGAUACUAUUUUUAACAUAAUUAUUUGUUGAGCAAAUAAUUUAUCUACACAUGAAAUUAAGAAAGAGCUUUUUUAUAUAUACACACAUACACACACACAGAUAAUGUUUACUUACCGACCUUUUUUCCAGGCAUUAUUUAUGAUUUUAUUUGUAAAUUUUAAAUUAUGUGAAUUUAUUUUGUCACAUAUGUUAUUAUUUGCCCAAUAUCUCUCUCUAUCUCUCUCACUCACUCUCUUUUAUUUCUCUUAUUAUUUUAAAUUCAAUCUUUUUUGUGGAAAAAAUUUUAAGUGAAAAAAUGAAGUGUCUUUGUAUAUUAUAUUAAAAAUGAAAAAAAGAAGAAGAAAACAGAAUCUUAGAUGAAGAUGAAAAAAUACAUAAAAAUAUUCAUUUUAGACUUUAAGUAUUUCAGAAAUUUUAAAAAUAUGAAAUAAAAUUUAAAAACAGCCGA